GACAUACCCAGUUACACACAGGCUAACGAAUUGAAGCUCUAUAUAUAUACACACACAGACACAGGACAUACUAUAUAUAUGUCUGUUCAUCAUGCCCUGCUAUAAGCUCUUCCUCUCUCAUCGACCUUUGAGCAACCACGCACUAGCUUGACGGCCGAUUGAAGCAGCAUGGAACCAGCUGCUGCGGCAUGGGUACCAUUCAACUUUCAACUGGCGAACUGGACAGCAUUGUUUCCUGGUGAGAUAUAUGGUAGCUGGAUGCAAACUCGUGCCCCUGAUAACUCCUCCGGCAGCGGCCGGCAGCUAUUUGAGUACUAUGCUGCAGCCACACAGCAUUGUCCAAUUGAGGAAGAAGCACAAGACCAGUCGUUUGAGGUCGCUUUGGAUUUGCACAAUCUGGAAAUAGACAACAACGACGCCAUUUGUGUGUUCGAGAAAGUAGCUCGUAACUUUGAGGCCGAUAUCCGUAGGACGAAAGAGAAGAUCCAUAGGUACCCUGAAUGCAUUCGAGAUCUCGGUGAUUACUAUACUGUGCCGAGGAUUGUGGCCAUCGGUCCUUACCACCACGGCAAACAACCGUUAGGGAAGGCGGAAGAGGUGAAGUGGGUGGCGGCGUAUCACUGUAUCGUAGAAUCGGGCUGCUCACCGCAGGCAAUGUACGAUGCGGUCGCCUCCGCCGCCGACAAUGCCCGCACCCUCUACGACAAGGAUGUGAUGGCAGGUAUCGGCUAUGACGACUUUCGAGUUAUGAUGUUCUUUGAUGCUUGCUUCCUGGUGCAGUACAUAGUCUGGUUUACGGGUUUGGAGAAUGAGACAGAUCCGUCGUCAUGGCACAAUUUCCUUCACCUCAACCGCAGCGGCAUCAACCAUGACGUCUGGCUGCUUGAGAACCAGCUCCCCUGGAGUGUGGUGGAGGCCGUCAUGAGGCUCCGGCAUGUGAACCUGCGGAAGUACGUUGAGGAUUGGAGAGGCACUCUGCAAGACCGCCGGGAUCUCAUAGAAAAGCCUUUCGUCUGGGAAGACAAUUACGAUCCACCACAUCUCCUUGGCCUCCUCCGGCACUACGCUGUAGGACGAAGUGAAAAAAUCAUCGACCGCGACCUGUCCAAGGAGUUCGACUCGCUGUCAUUUUCAGCUAGUGCCAUGGAGCUCGCCGAAAUCGGCAUCACCUUUAGGGCCAACGAAACAGCAAAGCUCGUUGACAUGGGCCUAAAGAAAGAUGUCCUCUUUGCUGAGCUCUCACUAGCGCCGCUGUCUCUAAACCAUGCGCGCGCAAGCCGCCUCGUCAAUAUGGCCGCUUUCGAGAUAUGCACUGUCCCUAGUUUUAUUGAUGCUAAAGUUGAAGACUCCGCUGUUUGCUCCUACCUUCUCCUCCUCUGCAUGUUGGUGCAUAGGGAAGAGGACGUGCAUGAGCUGCGACGACAGGGUAUCCUGCAAGGAGGAGCUGGGCUCACCGACAAGCAGGCACUCAAAUUCUUCGCCAGCCUUCAGAGCCUGCCCGACGGGCAAUGUUGUACCCUAACCAUGCUAGAAAUCGAGAACUACAGGAUCCACAAGAAGAUGCAGACAAAGGUGUACAAGAAGCGCAAAACCAUCUUCAAGGUUUUAUCCAUCACUGUUGCAGCUAUCACUAUCUUUGGUACACUACUCAGUAUCUCAGCACAACUCUCAAAUGUCUCUAAAGGCUGAAGUAGAGUUUGAAAAAUAGGUGCGCUGGGAUAGGUACUAGGCUGGUGAGCUCACUUUGGGCUGCCCUUUGAUACCUUUUGUUCUAUCAAUGCUUUGUGUUACUUUCCUUAUAGUAGCUAUAACAUUCCUUCAAUGAUAUACCUGAAUGUUGGUUUACAGUAAAAUGUUUGCUCCA